AUGGCUUUCAACCGUAUCGCUGUCUAUGGUCAUCGAGGAUUCGUAGCCUCCCGAGUUGUUCCUGCUCUGAUUGCCUCGGGUGCGCCAAUUACUGUUUUGCAUCGCCCUAGUUCGGAUACUUCCAAUCUCCCGGAUCAUGUGAAAAAGAUUGAAAUCGACGUUCUUGACGAAGACGCUUUGGUUGCGGCCUUGCAAGAUAUAGACAUUGUUAUUUCUCUCGUUGGAGAUGAGGGUACCGACCGACAGUAUGGCUUUGUUAAAGCUAUAACCAAGACUAACGUCAAGCUCUUCUCUCCUUCGGACUUCUGUUUGCGAUACGGUGAGCAGGGAAUGCGCAUUCCCUGUAUGAAAGCAAAAGCAAAUGUCGAAAAAGCUUCCAAGGAUGCUGGAAUUCCAACCACUGUCAUCCACGCAGGAAAUUUCGCUGAAUUCACCCUCAGUACGGUGGCAGUGGGUAUUGAUUUGGAGAAUAACUCAUUGUUCUACGUCGGCAACGCCGAGAACGAAAAAGUCACUAUGUGCACCAAGGAUUAUGUCGCAGCUGCUUAUGUCGACAUAUUUACCGCCAGGCCUAUCCACACUAUUCAGAACCGGGCCAUUACUUUGUCAGAGCUUGCACCAACAGGCAGGGAAAUUGCUACGAUCAUGAAAGAGAAGAACGGCAAAGAGCCCUCUAUUGCAACACGAAACUUGGAGGAACUCAACCAAGUGAUUGAGGAUUGUCUCAGCAAGGAGAGUAAUCUCGCUGUACCGUCCUAUUGCCGCAAGAUGUGGGCAACGGGAGAAAUGAUGAAGAUGCUUCCCGAUGAUCUAUGGGAAGUCAAGGACUACAAGAAAGCAACUUUGGAGGAUCUUGUCAUUGGAGGAAAGUUGGAAGGCUACAGAGCCCUCCCUGGACCUGUGAUGAAGUACCUAAGAAAGAUGCUCUGA